CUGAUUUUCUCACAUGCUCUCUCACAGUCAGAUGUGCCUCCGUCGGCUUAGUCUUUCUGUCUCUCAGUGUGUGUGUGUGUAUGUUUGUGUGUGGUGUGUGACGGAUCGCACGCCAGUUCAUCAGCGAAGCCAGCGAGCGUGGAUGCCCUCUCCUCCUCCUCCUCUCUCUCUUCUCCCCCUCUCUCUCUCUCUCUCUCUCCGUCUCUCUCUUCACUGUGUGCACUGUUGCAGCUGCUCAUAGCCCGGCACCUCUCUGAGGCUGUGUGGAUCUCUCGGAUCUCCCUCUCCCCCUCUGUGCCCUCCCUGCUGCUCUCGAGUCAGGCAGGACAAGGACCCAGGACCCAGGACCAGGUCAGGCUCCCCGCGUCUCCCCGCGUCCCCCCACGCCGCCCCUCUCUCCCUGGACUCCAGCAUCCACAGCGGAGGGGGUCCCAGGAUGGAAGCGGUGGCGCUCUACACGUUCCGGGCCACAGAGAGCGAUGAGCUCAGCUUCCAGAAGGGUGACAUCCUCAAGAUUACUAACAUGGAGGAUGAUCCUAACUGGUACACAGCAGAGUUGAUGAGCAGAAAGGGCUACGUGCCCAAGAACUAUAUCAAUGUAAGACCACACACGUGGUUCGCUGGCCGCAUCUCUCGGAAUGUAGCGGAAGGCCGCUUGAGGCCCCGGGAGUGUGGAGCCUUCCUGGUGCGGGAGAGCGAGAGCGCACCUGGGGAAUUCUCCAUGUCUGUCAGUUAUGGGGACCAUGUACAACACUUUAAGAUCCUUCAAGACAGGGGAUCCCAUUAUUUUGUUUGGGAUGAAGUUUUUCCCUCUCUAAACCAACUGGUGGAAUUCUACCGAACCAACAGCAUCGCAAAGGAGAGAACUGUGUUCCUGAGGGACAGUGAUCACUCAAUAAGGCGGCCCCGACACGCCCAGGCCCUGUUCGACUUCCACCCCCAGCACACCUCCCAGCUGCGCUUCCAGCGCGGCGACGUCAUCGACCUCCUGGACUGCUCCGACUUGCAGCGGUGGAAGGGCCGGUGUCACGGGCGAGUGGGCUUCUUCCCGCCAGAGUACGUCCAGCCGGUUUACCACUGACCACCAGGGACGCACGAGAUAACAGUAGUCUAGCAAGCAAACCGGUGGUGAACAAGGAAACCGACGUAUCUUCCAUGAACUGCUCACUGAACUGCUCGUCCAUCCAAUGCACUGUCAUAAUUCAACUGAUGAAUGGUCAAUGGGUGAUAUUGGGAUUCAUUGAUAAUGAUCCAAAAAAAUAUGCUGCGUUAAAAGGUGCAGUCCGCGAUUCCCAUCCCAGAGACUUUUGUCAGAUUCAGUGAAUUGUUCCUCACAUUCC